ACGUCUCAAUUCUCGCAUCUCCCGGUCUCCCUCCGUCUCUUACGCUCGCGACGCUCGGCGGAACUUCACUUGGCUCGCUCCGUCUCACGGCGGCGCUUGCCCCCAGGUCCGUGCUUGCUCGGCUAGCUUCGUCUUGGCUCGUGCUUGCCUCGGCUGCGCGCCCGCUCAGCUCGUGGUGUCUCGGCGAAAGAAAAGUUCUUCAAGAAGCUCGUCCGUCCAGUGCAAUGAAAAUUUGGUGUUAGAGAACGCGACUAGGAAUCUCGCUUCGGUUCAACCACAGGAUCUGAACAAGCCAGCAGGUAGUCUUCGUCAAUGGGGCCAAGAUGGAAAGGAAAGGGUGCAGAGGUCAGAGCACAAGCUGAUCCAAUGUCCGAGAUUGUGUCCCGGCUCAAGUCAUCUUUGAUUGAGUCAAAUGCUCAUGGUCUGCUCUCAGGUUGCUCUGUUCUUCUUGCAGUAGAGGCAGAUCAAAGUGAUCUUCUAAAUCGGGCAUGUUUUGGCCGACUGGUAGUCACAGCUGAGAAGGACAAGCAGUGGUUUCAAUUGAGCAUGGAGGAAGCCUUUUACCUUUGCUAUACCCUCAAAUGCCUCGGCAUUCACGGUGGAGAUAAUUGUCGAAAAACCUCUGAAGAGUUAUGGAAAUACAUGACGGAUAAUAAGACUACAUUCCCUGAAUUUUUCAAAGCGUAUUCUCAUCUUCGGGCAAAAAACUGGGUAGUCAGGUCGGGAUCGCAGUACGGCGUAGAAUUUGUUGCGUACCGGCACCAUCCGUCUCUUGUCCAUUCUGAAUAUGCCGUGCUUGUUUUGACAGAAGGGGAUGGUGGCAAGAAUGGGCGGCUGAGGGUAUGGUCGGAUGUUCAUUGCACGGUUCGUCUUUGCGGGAGCGUAGCGAAAGCGCUCCUGGUGCUUUACAUCAACAAGUGCGGUCAUGGCGAUGCAUCUCCUUCAUGUGUGACUCUGUACUCUGUGGAAGAGCGAGUCGUAGCAAGAUGGAGUCCAAAAGAUUGCCGUGAAGAUGUUAAUGGCGAUUGAACCGGCGGAGAAUUUCAAUUUUUCUUCCUUUUUGUUUCUUGGGUUUUGGGAUAUAAAGACAAUGCCAUGCGAACCAUCUUGUGAUUAUUACGAC